AUGACGGGGCAGCGCGAUGAUGAUUCUACGAAACCUAAGGUCGGGUUUUCGGGAAGGAAAAUAAUAUACGAUGAAGAUGGCAAACCAUGCCGGUCCUGUAAUUCAUUACUAGACUUUCAGCUUGCCACGGGUAGGAUUUCCAUUCCAUCUCCCGGUAAAGUACCAGCAGCUAAGAUGGCCGCACCAGCUAAACAAACCACGCCAGCGAGUUACCCAAAAGUGGAACCUCCAGACGUGGAAGAACUGGGUCGGUCAAGCUGGACCUUACUUCACAGUAUAGCAGCAAAAUAUCCCCAGAAGCCAAAUGAAAUCCAGAAGGGAGAGAUGAAGCAGUUCAUGACUAUUUUCUCGCACGUUUACCCCUGCUGGUGGUGUGCAAAAGACUUCGAGAAAUUUAUACGGGAAAACUCUCCCAAGGUUGACUCUCGCGAAGAACUUGGAAGAUGGAUGUGCGAGGCUCACAACAGCGUCAACGAGAAGCUUGGUAAGAAAGCUUUUGACUGCAAUUUGUGGGAGAAGAGGUGGAAAGAUGGAUGGGACUAA